UUUCGACUUUUCAUUAACCUAAAAGGAAAAAAGAACGCCUCCCAAAACAUUGUAGACAUCGACAAGUCGUAUUCAUCUUCUUUGCUUUUGAAUUAUGACCUUCUCGUAGAGCGAUUCUGGUUGCUUCUCAAUCGCUGUUUCUAUUUCUCUGACGGAAACAAUACUCUGUGCUCUAAAAGUCCAAAUAAUUGUCUAUAGGUUAUGGCUUCGUCAUCGGCAACAGAUUCUACAUCAGUUCCAGAGACUACAAAUUUGCAGAGAAAAUCAAAUGAUGUUGGUUGGGAAUUUGGCAUGUUGAUAAAUCCCAACAAUUUGGACAAAAUGAAAUGCAAAUUAUGUGGAAAGGAGUUUUCAGGAGGAAUAUAUAGACUAAAGCAACAUGUUGCUAGAAUACAAGGAAAUGUUGCAGCUUGUCCAAACUCUAAGAAAGAAGACCAAGAAAAGUGCAAGUUAGCAAUUCUAGAAGCACAAAACAAGAAGAAAAGAGUUCGGAUGGCAGAUUUGGAAACUCGAAAGAUGGUAAAUGUUGAUGGAAAACGAGAGGAGGAUGAAGAAGUAAUUGAAGUAGAAGGAAUGGGAGCAAACAAAAGUGCUCGCAUGCUUGGUCCGAUGGAUAGAUUUACUUCAGGCAUCAGUCCUGAAACUCCUAAAGGUCCAAUAUUGACACCACAACAACAACAUAUCAAGAAUCUUAUUGCAAAAGAAAGAUUACAUGCGGCUUUUGCUGAGUUAUUGCAAGCUCCUCAAGAGGAUUCCCAGAUGCUAGUCCGUGAGCGUUUCCCUGUCCCAAGAUUAGUUGUCUGUGAUCAGCACGGCUCGCAGGCAAGGUUUUUAUUGGCAAAGCUGAAUCCAUCAGCGACGUACAACAAUGCAAACGAAAUGUCGACAGGGUCAGAUGUGAUAUUCACAGACGACGUUAGCCUUCAAGUCUUCUUUGAACAUCUUCAGAAGCUGGUAGUGCAGUCUUGAGUAGUCCUUUUGUUUCUUUACUUUACAUUAAAUUAAACUUCAGUUUACACCAUUUUUUUUGUAAUCAUGUUACUUUCAUCUACUAUCAUUAUUUUGUUUUUUCUUUGAUAAAAUUUUUGUAACAUUACUUUUCUGUUUUUGUUUCAAGGACUUAGAUAUACAAAGGGAGAAGAGAUAAAAUAUCUCACUGCAUUCCCGAGGAAAUUUUAUAAA